UCUCUCAGUCUAUUCCUCCACCUGCUCCCCGGAGACACACUCAUUGUCCCCACGGCUAUAAACACUUCAUUGAGCAUGUGGCAGCCCUGCGUUGCUCAAAGCCCUUCCCAGCACUCUCAUUGGCCGAGGGACUGUGAGAAACUCCAACAAGCCCAAGACCCACACAUUCAUAUGUAGAUUUGGGAGUAUAAAUACAGGGCUGAGCCAGAGGAGAAGGCAGUUCAGACUCAACUGACUCUUCACAGCGAGCAGGAAACGCUCUUACUCUACAACUAUGGCACCCACUGUUUUUGGACAAGCAAGCUACACUAAGGAACACAUUGCUCCUGCUCAUAAGCUGAGAAAGCCAAUGGUAGAGAAGCUGCGCAGAGACCGCAUCAACACCAGCAUCGAGCAGCUGAAGUCCCUGCUGGGCCCGGAGUUCGUCCGGCAGCAUCCCGACUCCAAGCAGGAGAAGGCAGACAUCUUGGAGAUGGCCGUGGCUUAUCUGAGAAUCUGGCAGAAGCAAAGAGCCAGCAAGUCCUCUGGCAUGGUGCCGGCCGGCGACGGGUACUCCCGCUGCGUGCAGGAGGCCGUCAGCUUCCUGUCCCACUGCGAGGUGCAGACCCAGGCCCACCAGCGGCUGCUCAGCCACUUCCAGGGCCUGCAGGGGUCCAGCCCCCGCAGCCUCUCCCCUCCUGGCUCCCCGCUCCAUCAGGUCAGCUCCAAGGGUGUGAGCCAGGCCAGCAGUGCCCUGUGGAGGCCCUGGUAGGAUGGAGACAGCAUCACUUCCACCCUCAGAGAUCUACGUCUGUGAACGUCAUGGACAGAAAGUUAAAGACUCACUGAAGUCUGAUCCCUUCUGCUCUGGCAGGAGUUUCAAUGUUGUUUAGUGUUGAGGCGAAAUGGGCACAAUGUGCCGGUACUCCUUUGGAAAGACUGAACAUAUACACCAUGUGUAUACACAUUAUGCACUUUAUUUAUUUAAAGCGCUUAUUAAUCUGCGAUUGUGUUAAAUGUCCCCAUGGGGAAACUUUUGUUUGUUUGUUUUGCAAACGUCACUGAAUGAUCUUGUUGUAAAACCCACAUUGGGUUGAAAGUCUUAUUGUCUGAGACACUGUUUGAUUAAUGUGUUUACAUGCUGUCUAUCUGUGAUACUGAGUAUCAUUGACUGAUCAUUUUCAUCAGCUUGUUUUGAUGAAUCAACGACAUCCCAUAAAUGGAUCCCAUGGAUCCACUUUUAUUGUAAAUCUUUUUAUGAUUACUUGAUUAUGACUCUGUGUAACCAUCAUUUGGCCUAUAUGUGUGAAGGAGUGUUUGAACUGUUCCUGAUAGAUGUUUUUUCAUCUUCAUGUGAGUACCUUUUAUAAAGGCAUGUUAUGUUGACAUCAAUCUUUUUACUAAAAGAAUCGGUUGAAUUGCUUCAUUGAGAAGUAUUAUUGUGAACUUGCAAAAUAAAUUGAAAACUUCACAUGA